GUCAUUAAUUCUGUGGAUGGUCGACGAAUAGACUCAAAUACCAGGUGUUCAUUGAGGUAAGUCAAUAUCUUUGCGAGGUGUUUUUCAUCUAGCUCUGGAGAUAAGGCAGUGUCCGGGGGAAAACCUGUGGAAACAAAAAAGAGCUUUGUCCGUGAACUAUUUCUUGGAUUCCGCAUUUCUGAAUCCGAAUUUUAACGCUCUCCCUAACUACUGUCGGCCGGUGUUUAAAAGCGCUCUCAGAAACCGGUGUGCGACAAACGCAGACUUCAGACUUGCAGACUGGCCGGUAAACGAGGUAAACAUUGUUUUGAAAUGCUCUAACAGAUUCCCUAUCCCUAAAACAAGGCUUCGAGAUGGGGAUGGGGAAUCUACCGACUGUUAAGAGCAUUUCAGUUCAUUGUUCACCUCGUUACCAUAUACCGGCCAGUCUGCAAGUUGUUGCACACCGCUAAGAAACUUAGUGUUAUUAAGGAGCAACUUCAGAAUACCUGCCCAUCUUGAAUGGUAUUAAUCAACUGCUCCCAUGGUCCCACAGUGAUCAUGCCAAUAGUAAUUCGACUGUGCAUGUGUUUUUAAAAACAUCAUAUAAACUGCAUUUUGUAGGCUAUUUGUUCAACAUGUAUAAGCCACUGUCCAUUGCAAACAUUUAGUCGCACACAUCCUGCAUCAUGGAUGGAAAUUGAGUAACAGACUGAUGGUGAACAGUUUGAUGUCAUAUUUUAAAUACAAGCUAUUAAAGCUGCUCAAGUACACACUUCAUUUCUGCUAUUGAGCAAAACAAGUAUACAAAUAAAGUAUAACAAAAAUGGAAAGCCUGUGUUAACAUGGUUAAAAAUAUAAAUAAUUAUUAUUCAUAUUUUUAAACAUGUUAGCAGUGACUGUCUAAUAAUUUCCCUUUCAAAUACCAUCAUGGAAAAAACUUCAAGCUUGGAAAACAGAAUGUGAAGACAGAUGUGUGGCUGUGUAACCUGUGCAAAGUUGUCAAGAUGAAACACUAACCCAGGUGUUUGUCACACUUUUAUUUGGCAUUUUUUUUAAAACAAAACUACCCAAAACACAUUAGCGAUGUUGUAUAUAAGAUUCUUAAGAAAAAAAUACUACUCUCAAAUCUUUUGCUGAAUUUAAUUUGUCAUUUUCUUGAAACUGGGUUUCCUGUAGUGAAAGUUGAAAAUCUUUAUUGCCAAUUAUUUCACCAAACGGAUUUUGGUGGAUUUUUGGUAUGUUGUUAAGUAGCCAUGCAACAAUUAAAUAGCAUUGAAAAAAAUGUUGCAGUUACUUUGAUGUCAAACCACAAUUUGACUGGACUAGACUGUAAAGUUCAGGCAUGCGCAGAAUUUGAAAGCAAAAUUUUAAGAUUUAAAAGGGAGUGAGGAGGCCCUCUUAAGGAGGUAGGUAUGUCUCUAGUCUGAAUUUUUCAAAACCUGUUGUUUUAGGAGGAAGCUAUGUCAUUGUUAGUAUAUUUUACUAUUCUAAUUUCACUUUUCUCUGUCGCUGUCACAGUUUCAACCCAUUUUUCUGUGGUUUGUUGUCAUUUCUGUUGUCCUAUGUGGCUGUUUCAAGGCCAUGUUGCUUGUCAGAAUGUUCAUACCCAAAGAGAGCUUCACUGAGUUUAAAGUGACACAGCAGUCUUGACUGUUACUUUUCGCCUUCUCUCCUCCCCCCUUCUUUCACUUUUCUUACUCCACGCACUUUGUUUUUUCUUUUGCUGGGCAUUUACUAAGUUCCCCCCCUCCCCGCAGCAAACAAACAAACCUUCGUAAGACAGCUUCAGAGACUUUAGAUAUUUUGGCUAUGUUUAGUGGGCUAUUUCUGGUAAACAUGUGUGAACAAUAGCACAUGUAUUCUCACACAACUUGUCUAAAAUACCAAAUAUGGCAAUACAUGACAGAUCUGGGCUAUGAUGUAAAAUAUGAGCCAAAAAUAGUAUACCAUAACAAAGGUUUCCAUGUGAAUAAAUGGUUUGAUGCAUGGGAAAAGUUUCGAAAUUAUAGACACUUUCGUACCUGGUGGAAUUGACGCUUUUUGAACCAGUGAGGCAUUUGACCAUCUAAACUGCCAAAAUACCAAGGAAUUUAACCAAAAAAAAUUCAAAAAAUUCAAAUGGCAAGGAGUUCCAUUUCCUUACAAGAAGGGAUUGUGCUAUUUGUAGAUCACCCCAUCAAGUAGAUACAUAAUUUUAUUCACAGUCAGAAAGAUUUAAAUGCACAUCGGACAGAAACAAGCACAGCCAUAACUUAAUUUGCUUUCAAUUGCUAGUUUUAGGAGACAGAAAAUUAAAACUGCCAUACAACAGUUAUAUUUAAAACACCAAAAGUUGACCUUGUCACCAUUUAUAAGCAUUACAACGACCGACUAGAUCAAAUUAGUCAUAAUACUUUCGUGCAAGAUUUUUGGGACAGAGCUAGAGGAAGGGGGUGCGUUGUGGAUUAUGUCCCACUUAAAAAUAUAAUGCCACUUGUUUUUUAAUAAUUAUUGUUUCAAAAGGCUAACUUGCCAAUUAUUCAUAAUGGUGCAGAAGUUACUGUACAACCCCGACUUUAAAACAGUAUCCAAUUUUUUUGAUGUAAGCACAAAACUUAUUUCAUAAACUACUACUAUACCUUGCAAACAGACUUUUGUGACAAAAAUACCAUUCUUACAUGAAGUUUAUUUUUAUAGUCACUACUCAAGGCUGUUCAGGACUAAGAAAAUCAUACAUCUCUCAAUCCCUUUCUACUGGAUUGGACAGGUAUAUACUCAAGCGAGAAAAAAGUGUAAUAAUUAUAAUUUAUACUUUCCAAAAAUAAGCCGCUGCAUCGCACUGUCCACUGCCCAAUGAAACCCCUAUAAUAUUAAUGGGGGUCUUGUUGGUCAAUAUUUGGACUUAAGUCUUCUAUAGAACCAAGGCAGGAGUAAAUAGUGCAACUAGAAUACAUUAUUUUAUUGAAAUCCUUGCUACGUAUAAAAUGUGUGGGUAUUUAAUUAGUUAAUAUGCAUAGACAUAUGCCAUAUUGCAUAUCACAACAUAUAACCAGAUAACUACCAAGUAACACUGAGUAUGACUACUGACAGGAGUAGCUUUUAAACGUGUAUAUAAAGUGGCUGCCGAUCCCCUAAUUUAUGUUCAAGAAGUGUUAAUCAAGCAAACAAGGCAAUUAAAAAAAGCAAAAAGAGCAAAAAUGAGUAUCACUCCCAUUUUGCUCCUAGCGUGUUUCAGUCUCUAAGUUAGUCAGGAUGAGUAAGAGGAAAUUAACAAGUGGGGGAAAACUUGAGAGAAUGGGAAACAGGAGGCAAGUGUCCCUCCCCAGUCCUCACUCUUUUUCUUUGCUUGCUCUUGCUUAAUUCUGUUUGCUCAUCCUGAUCAACUGAGAGCCUCGAACAGACUUUUGCUUUAUACAACCUAUGAUGGAUUUAGCCUUUUAAGUAAGGGUGGGGUUGUUGGGGAGGGGGCAACAGGCCCACAUGUGACCCUUACAUAAAUUUGCAACUUAUAACAUACUGUUCCCUGAUUUCUGCUAUACUCUUGCAUAAUUUGAGGUUUGCACCCCACAGGAUUUUUUUUUGUUAUUUAAACAAUUAGACUACAUGCUCUUGUUUUCUAUGAGUUAAUAGUCAACAAGGCAUGUAGUACCAAGUUGACUAAUGGACUCUGAGAAAACAAAAGCCAUUAUACUGCCAAGUUUUGAGAAAAAUGUGACUCAGGGAAAAGAACCAUCAGAAAAGUUUUAACAUAGCAGCAUGUGAGAGUCCUAAAAUUGCUAGCUCACAUAUUAAAUUUUGAAACCAAUGAGAAAUCACCAAAUCAAUAGUUAUACUAUUUCUUCGAAAUGGUUUGAACUUAGGUGUAAAUAUUGUCGCACAUAAUAAGCUGAAAAAUGGUUUUCUGGUUAAGUGUACUACUGAAUAAAGGGCUGUUGACUAAACAGGAAUGUCAACAACAGUCCUGUGCCGGCAUGCUUCGCUGGAUGAUCAUAUUUAACCUACCUAUAUGAGUAGUCUAUUUCUGGUGCUAGAAUUAUCUCAGUAUCCCCUCUCCAAAUCAACACCCACACACACACUGCAAUGUCUACUAGUAAAAGUAAAAAAUGUAUAAGCUGGGUUAAAGUUCACAAAAGAAUGCAGCAUUGAAUGUUCAAUUUAUUGAUUUUUGUCUUUUGUUGUAGGAAGUACCUUAUAAGACAGUUUUGUGUCCACUACAGAAAAACACAAAACAUAACCAUGUGCUAUGGACAUGUUAAAGGAGUUAUUAUCUUUCUUUUCCUUCAUGCCAUGAUGAGUUUUGGUGAGCAGAAUCCCAAUUCUGAUGCUGAUAUCAUCAAUACCUGUGUCAAUACAGCGUGGUGCAGUCACAGCUAUGAGCAAGUGUACAAGAGUUUAGCAAAGGCUGAAAACAAUUUCAAUAUCUCACAUGCCUUGUACCCUGGAAGGUCAAAGCCAGCUUCAGUCCGUGUACUUGUUAGUGUGUUUGGGUCACAUAAAACAGAUGCUUCUAUUAAACCAGCUGUGUACACAUGGAGUAUGUCUUGUCUGUUUGUCUCUGUUCCUGCUGCUGUUCUUGAAUUUUUAUCUCUUGGUUCCAUUCUUGUAACUCCUCGGACUCAGGAGCUCAUCAUACAUAUUCCCCAGUUUUGCUGCAAUGUUUCAGAAAGCAGUGAAGGUAGAAAAAUGGUCAUUGAUGAAAUGCUAACCAGGGCAUUAGCUGAAGUAAGUAGCCUAUUUAAAGUACAAUACUAGGGGGGAUGCCCCGUACAACACAGAUAGUGGUAAAGAAGGGGGCGGGCGGGUGGGUAAGGGGGGGGGGGGUUGUCUAGAUGACGUUUUACGGGAAUAAACGAAUUAAACAGUCAUUUAUUUCUUGUUUCACGGAAACUAAUUAUGCAAAAUCGCGCUUCACGAAUACAAGUAACUAUUCCAUAGCAAAUUAACUAUUCCACAGCCACGCACAAAUUAUCCCCGUAAUAGUUUUCGCUAUACGGUGGUGCUGUUCUGUGCAAUAGUCUUCCUCAAACUUUAAGGCAAGUAGAAUUCCUACGUAAUUUUAAAUCACUACUUUUGCACAGUUAUUAUAAUAUCAAGUAAGGCACGGCAUUCAUGGCAAACAGGCUCUUUUAUUUUUGUAUAUACUAAUAAUUUCAAUACAGUAUUUAGCGGAACCGAGUAAAUGUAAUUAAGGUUUUGAAUUUUCUAUAAUAUUUCAUGCCUGAUGAAUUUGUAAAACCGUGCAUAAAUUAAGAUUACCCAGACCUACCUUACCUACCUAUGAAAAUAACGAUUCACGAGGAAAAUUAGCUAUUUCACCUUUCACAAGGGAAAAAAAGGGCCGAUGACGAGUCAUGUGAAUACCCUUUACCACCCUCGAUAGAAACCACCGUCGAGAGUUCAGGCCCGAAGAGGGCUUUUCUGAGUGACUGAAAUUUAAUCCGAUGUUACUAUAAAUUAAACUGUGUAAGAAUUAAACCGGAAGUAGGUUAAUGGUCACUUACUUACUUACUUAAGUCGGGAAUCAUCCCGAGCCGUCCUAAUAAAAUCUUUCCACACGACCUGAUCGAGCAUUGCAUCUCUUAUCUCUUUGGUAUUGUCCAGUAUAGUAUCAGCCUUGAUAGUGUCAAUGUAUGUAGUUCUACGUCUACCUCGAUUUGGGUGACCAUGUUGGGGUUCCCAAAGCAGCGCUUUUGAAGCAAUCUCUUCAUUGUGACGUGCACAAUGGCCAGCUAAUCUUAAUCUUCUCACACGGAUUUUUUCACUAACUCUUGGGAGGCUUCCGUAUAGCUCCUGGUUGUUCAUAUGUUGUUGCCAUUGUACAUUCAGGGCCGUUCGCAGCAUUCUGGUGUAGCAUCCAUUGACACUUUUCUCCAGCUUCGUCGUCACGGUCCACGUUUCACUUCCAUAGAGUAAGACAGAAUCCACAGUUACUCUAAACCGUCUCAUCUUUGUUCCUCUUGCCAUCUUUGAGGCCCACACUUUUCUCAUUUUGUUGCAAGCUAUCCAAGCUGAAGCCUUUCUGAUGUUGAAGUCAUGUCCUGAGUCACUGAUCCAUGCAUGAACCCAUAUACUGGAAGUUCUCAACAGGUUCAAUUUCGUUGUCUCGUGUUUUGAGCCCAAGGUCAACAUGAUGUUUUUGCAUUUGGUAGAAGACCAACCUGGGCCGACGCUUCUUCAAUACUUCUGAAUAGGUCUUGCGCUUGUUGGAACUGAUCACUAAAAAGAGCUAUAUCGUUUGCAAAGAUUAGAUCGGUGGCAUUUUCGGCUUUAACUCUGCGUCCUUGUCUAGGCUUGAUAGUUAGUCCAAAUCUCUCCUGGUGACCCUCGAUAGCCUCUCGUAGUACAUAGUGCAGAACUAUUAUGAACAAGUAAGGGGCUAGUGUGUCUCCUUGUAGCACGUCUGUGCUGGUUUUUAAGAAUUCGGUUUCACCGUCAGGGGAGAGGAUAUUAGCCCGUGUUUCCUCUUAGGUUUUACCAAUAGCGUGCACCCACCGUGUGGGGAUGCCAUGGGCCUUGAGAAUCUGAAGCAUCUUUCUCCUGUUGAUAGAAUCGAAGGCUUAUCUGAAGUCGAUGAAUGUAAUUACUGCUGCCAAAUUUCUGGCUCUGAUAGCUUCAAUAAUUCUUCUUAGUGUCAGGAUUUGUGCUGGAUCUACCAGGCCUGAAACCAUUCUGGUUUGUUCGUAGCAACGGGACUAGAAUAAGCUGAAUGCGAUUUGAUAUCAUUCUGUUGACGACUUUGAGCAUUAUCUGGGAUAGACUUAUUUCCAUGUAGUUGCUAACUUGGCUAAGAUUACCGCUUUUCGGUAUGGGAACCAGAUUGCUCUCUGACCACUGGACUGGCUCGUCAAGGUUCAUGGGAAGCAUGUUUGCAUGUUUGUCCAGACAUUUCGUUUACGAUAUUCCAACUUGCUUUAUAUAUGCCGAUUAUGUUUGUUGUCACUGGAUACUAUUUUGUCAAUGACUUCGUUGAGUUCUUUGUCAGUUAUACCAAGGUACACUUUUUCCAGCAUUUCUUUGCUAGCUUUUAGUUUCUCGCCUCGGUUUUCGUUUGGAUUCUAUUGGUAGAGUCCAUACUGUUUUUGCAGAUCUUUCCUUGCGUGCAUAACUCGAGGAUCAUCUGAUACUUUUCCUUUCUUUUUCUUACUCAUCUUGGGAAUGUGAUUCCAUGUAGUUUCGUUCAUUUACAAACACAUAUUCGGGCCUUGAAUGAAUACUCUCAAUGCACUUUUUUUCUUCAGAAAGAAGGCUUUCAAGUUUGAACUGCUCUUUCAUUGUUUACUGUAAAAACUCUUUGGCUUAAUUUGCCAACUUCCUUCUGUUGACAUGUCUAUGCCCAACCGUCACGCACGCGUAAGAAUUGGACCAAUCGUGAGGCGCGUUAAAAAGUUUUCAGAAACCCGCCUAUCAGAAACGCUCACAUAUGUCCUUGCAACUCUGCUGGAUAUCCGAACAAGCUUCUGUAAACUAAGUCAGUCGCAGACCGACUAUAACAAUGAUUUACGCGAUACGUGCCGGUGGGCCGGCUGUAACGCAGGCUAGAGUUUCCAAUGUCUGCAUUUGGUUAACUUUCGAGACACGACUCCUUUAAUACGAGCACCUGACGUUAUAACGGGCAUUUUUUUAAGAUUUAGAACCGAGGAUGAGAUUACCAAGUUACUAGGCCAUUUCUAUGCUCUAUGAAAUUACAAAAUGUCUUUCUUUCUCUUUGGAAAAAGGUAAUAAUUACAAGCUAAGGUGCCCUUACUAUUAACAAUAUUUUUCAAAAUAAUAAUAAUGUAUAAUAAUAACAGCUAGUGCUACAGUGACGUUGAAGACGAGAACAUUUCCUGCCUGGACCCCCUUCCCCCUCUUUUGGUUAAAUCCAAGGCUAAAAUAUUAAAUUUGGAAUAACAACCCUUAACCAUCCUUAUGCAUACCCUAUUCCCUCUUCUCCCCGUUCCUCAUUUGGCACUACUGGGCAUCAGUUUCUAAAGGUAUACUUAUUUUUUUAAGCUGUCGAUUGAGUGACGAAUUAAAUAUCGUUUUAUUCUGCUCUGCAUAUAGUUGGAAGAUCUGGCGAUCAGUCCAGGGAUUCAAGACCCAAGAUUGAACACAGCUGAGUGUGUCAUACAGGGACACCAACCAAACAUUGAUGCCACAGGGGUUAAUUCUUACAUCAGAGCAAUUCUUUAUUGUUCUCUCUUCUCUGUUUUAUUGAUUGGUCCAAUACUAGGCUUCUUUUCUUUAACUUUUUUCGGAAACGAUCCAAGUGCAACGGAAAAAGAUAAAUUUGAAUGCUGUGCAAAGAGACAUAAUGGAGCACCAGAACAAGGACAUGACGGAACACUGGAACAAGGACAUGAUGGAGCACCAGAACAAGGACCGUCACCAACGAGCAUAUUAUGUAAAUAUGAUUGCUGUUGCUGCUGUAAUGAGAGGGUUUUUGAAUGUUAUAAAACAGAGGAUCCAUUUAUGCGUCCUGCAAAAUACAUAUGUCAUCUUCUGGUGAUAACAGAGUUCUCAAUCAUAAUUGUUAUUAGCGAUGCUUUGUGUGAUCACAAGGAAAUUUUUAGUCACAUUGUAUUAAUAAUUUGUGAAGGGGCUGCUGUUUGUUUAGUGCAGUGCUGUCCUAGGCUUUGCUGUGUUUGUUGUGAAGGCAGCAGGAAAACGUCUUUUUAUAGAAGAGCUGUCUUUAUUACAAGUGCAAACAUAAUUAGUUACCACUUGUGCUGGUUGAUAGUUGGCAUAAUGGUCAAUCCGACCUGGGGUUUAACGGUUUUAGCGGUGGCCUGCUCUGUUAUUGUUGCCUUCUUCUGUACGAUUUAUUUGAUUUGCAGCGCAAGUCAAGAAAUCUUUUGUCACAGGUUUUGCGCAAGUAUCGCUAGCUUCGUUGGGUUCUGUCUUGUUGUUUCUUUAACGGUCGUAGCAGGGAAGUCUUUUAAUGGAAAAGAAACCACGGGUGAAAUAUUGAAAACGGCACUUUUCUAUGUUGUUGGAGGACUGAUAGGGUUAUUGGGCAAAGGCUUUCUAGGUUCUUCCUCUGACCAAAGACCUCCUCCUGCAGCUUCUCCUCCUCCUCCUCCUCCUCCUCAGGAUCGUGCCACCCAAAGACAAAGUCAAAUAGAGCUUGAAGCUGUGAACGAGGAGGCAAGGCAAUUAAUGGCCCCAGGGCCGUAGUUAGAAAAAGGCCUUGUCUUGAUUUUAACCCCAAAUUGAAAAAAAAAAACUUUAAUUGGAAAAGAAAUGCCCAGUUGAACGAGAUUGAUUUUUCUGGAGAAAUAUCUUCUAAAAAGAUGCUAAAGAUAGCGUCUCUGGAUGAGCUGAGAAUAGUCCAGUUUGAUGUUCGCUAUGAGCGCUGAAUUAAAGAAGUGAAGACGCAUUUUUUUUACGGGCUUAGCCUCCAUCUGACGUAAUAUAUUCACAAAUUCCAAUGAGGAAGAGACCUGUUUAUUACUCUGUCUAUUGUGAAUACAGCUAUUUCGAGAAAGGUUGUCGGAAAAACUGUGCACGGGACAAUCCCGAAAGGUAAUAUGGGAUAUGAUCAAUUAGGUUUGUUGCUUUCUUUAGCACAUGCAAACACAUUUCCAUGGCCUCUCGCGCCAAUUCUUUCAAAUUUCUUUGAAAAAAAGAGACCUCAAAACCACCCACAAUGCCUUUCAGGAUUGUCGCGUGCACUUUUCCCGACAACCUCUCUCGAAAUAGCUCAAACACUUACUUGCCGGAAUUUCGGAAUAUUUUACCUUACGUCGAGGCUAACCCUGUAUAAACGUGCCGUUAAUGUUUGCAUUUAGCGGUAAUUUUUAAUUCGAAACUGGACUAUUGGUCAAAAUGUGAACUGUCAAGUGCCGAGAAAGGUGCGUCAGAGUAUGCCAGGCAGCACUGCUUGGCUACACUCUUUUUCUAUACAGUAUGAGAAAGUUUUUUUUCCGUCUCAGGCUGAAUAUUCUUAUUUUUCUGCCGGUUUUAGGCUGAAAAUAACCUUGUGUUAUUUUAAAAAAAGAAAGAAUUUCUCAUGAUACUCUUUGCGGUUUUGUUCGUAUCUUUUGUGGUGAAUUUACGGUACAAAUGUAUUACAUGUACCGUUCAUCGAACUGUCAUUAGCAUUGAACAUUUGGCUGUCGCUUGUACAGGGUUUUUGAAUUUGUUUGCUAGUUUUGACAACAAGGACCGUGCUACCCAAACAGACAAUGAAAUAGAGCUCGGAGAUAUGAAAAAGGUAGCCUCCAACGCAGAUGGGGAAGGAACUGGUGAGGCUGUGGAAGAGGAGGAAAGGGAGUUAUAAGAUUACCAGCCCGCAGUUAGAAAGAAGCGUCGUUUAGAUUUACCCAAAAUUUACGUUUACGGUCGACUCUCUCCUAACGGACACCUCUGUAAAACGGACACCUAGAGUUGGUCCCUGUCAUUCUUUACUCCCUUUAUUUGACUCUCUAUAAGACGGACACCUAUCUAAGACGGACACUUAAUGCCGGUCCCAAAGGUAUCCAUCUUAGAGAGAGUAAUUGGGAAAAAUGAUUCCCAAUUAAACGAGAUUGAUGUUUCUGGAGAAAUAUCUUUAAAAUGCUGAAAAUAGCGUCUUAGAGCUUCCAUAUUUCAAUGUUUUUCUUGAAGGCACGCGCCCAGAUCCCUCUUGCAGCUCGCACCUUGGGCAAUCGUAAUGCUUGCCUCAUCCAUGCUUAAAGUUUGGCUAUGGCCCUGUAUUACCUUAUAAUUAUAUAACGAGUCUUUGGAUGUGUUUUACCUUGCAAGGUAGCUAGUGCAGGUUUUUUCAAUUUGUUUGCUAGUUUUGUCGUUCAGAGAAAGAAAUAAUUUUGUAAGGUUAAGUUAAAAAUUAACGUAUAAUUGUACGCAUGUGUUGUUUUUUCCAUAUUUUCAACAAACAAAAUUAUAUCCUUUUCAAAAUCUCGUCCUUGGCCUUAUUCUUCAGGAAAAUAUUCGUAAAAUUUCCCAAAUUUCAGCCUCGAUAUUCUUAUAAACGUAAAAGAGUGUACUUUAGUUUCGAUAAUUUGGUUAAAUCUUGUAUCUACCAUAGCCGAAAGAAGAAACAAUUUUAUUCCUUUUAUAACGUCUCUGUGUAGAGUAUUUUUAGGUUUACGCCAACCACGAGGACAUUGAAGGUGAAAUGCGAACUUUGAGUAGUAAUUACUGUAUUAAUGUUGUACUGUUCUCUUGUAAUUCGUUAACCUAUUAGAUUGAAGUUAAGUAAUUGUAACCAAAUUAUAACACAGGAAGCCCAAGCUCGAAAUAUGAGCGUCGGCACUGUUGUAUAGCCUUCGAAAUAAAUCGAUUUGUGGGGAAAAUCGGAUUUUUUCUCUGUAACCUACGAUUGUGAGAGG